CCUCUUUAUGAUGUUAAUGAUGCACAAAAUUAAAAUUUGUAAAUACUAAUCAGACUAAAAGGGUUCGAAAAGCAGUUGGUGUCACUCUGCGGGUGUCGGCGUGAGGCAAAAAAAAAAAAAAAAAAGAUUGUCACGAGGGACGGGCGUUCGUUUGUUGGUUCAGUGUGCGCGCGGCGAGCACCACCAUUUGUCUGUUUCAGAAGGGCGCCUAAAAUAGCUCUCUGGCUGGAGAGGAGUGGCUUUCCUCCUCGCAGACCAUACUAAUCCGUUGUGCGGUGCAGUGCAGUGACAGUUGGACUGGCAAUUGACGUGGUCACGGCUCAUUUUAAUUGCGCCGAUAAGAUAAACAGCGCGGAUGGAAUGUGACGUUUGGGCCGGUUUUGUUGUGGGCCGACAGUGCAGAAUGUGAACGGGAGUGGUGCUGCUGAGAUGCACAACGGCGGCCCGGCUGAUCAGGCCUCCAGCCACGAAGGCCAUGGACAGCUGCCAACGGACAUUAUCUACCAUGUGGCUCGCGACAAGAACCGGGAGAUGUACCUCAGGUUUAUCAGUAUCAAGCUCAAUCAAGUGCUUAGUGGGAAGCGAGUUUCACAAAUGACAAAGACUUACGACGAUCCAGAAGCUGUCACGAGACUGCUAGAGGAGAAAGAGAAAGACUUGGAGUUGACUGCCAGGAUCGGUCAGGAGCUCCUAGCACACAACAAACAGCUCGAGGAGCAGGUCGGCGCCCUUGAGGCACAACUCAAAGAGCAGCAUGAUAAACUUGUGCAGACGCAACAUGAGCUGCACAGCAAGGCGGAACUCCUCGCCAUUCUCGCUGCUGAGGAUGACCCUUCCUCAGACCCAAACACGCCAACGGCAGCUAAGUCCGUCACGUUGGACCUGCUGCAGCGGAAGGUGGCCAAUCUGGAGGUGCAAAACACGGUGCUCAAAGCUGAGGCAACUCAGAUCGCCAACGAAACGGCCAUCGUGGAGGAAAAGGAAAAGCAGCUGCUCACCGACAUCACAACUCAACUCAGCGCGGCCAACAGGGAGAGAAGCAAUCUCGCAGAUGAGAACGUCAAGUACAAAGAGGAAAACAAGGUGCAGUACGAGGAAAUCCGAUCUCUGCUGGCCAGGCUGGACUGCUUGAAGAAGACAAACGCAGAGCUGACCAGCGACAACACGUUCCUCACGCAGCAGGUCGCCACCACCAAACAGACGCAGGAUCUCUUGUGUGCCGAAAUCCUCGACCUCAAGGAGCAAUAUGCUCAGGUCCUCGGCUUGUUGAACGAAGCGCAGGACCAGAUCAGGAAAAUGAGGAAAAAGCAGCUGCCGACGGCGAGGGUCGGCGUUGGAGUUGGUGUCGGAACCGUGAACCAGCCAAAUAUGAUUUCCAGCCUGAAUUCCACUCUCGGAGCCGAGCUGACCACCUCUCUCGUUUCGGAUGCUAGUCUAGAUUCUGGAAUCAGCGUUGGAAAACCGCAAGUUCCAAGCUAUCGAAGAGUUUUUGAGACUGUCCGUUCUGCCUCUCGCGCCGCUUCAAACGCAAGCAACGCCAGCACUAAAAGCCAUAGUCCCGCCUUGUUCCCAGUCAUGUCAUCUACCAUGUUAACCUCCACCACAUCAAGCAUGCCCAAAAUGUCUUCCGGCAUUUCGGGUCCCUCGUCAGGCUCUUCCUGGCCUCCACCGCCUUUGUCUCACGAGCCGCUGUCCGACAUGAACAGCCUCAGAAGCACUGCUGAAGUCUCUUUGUCAGAGGAAAUGGGGAUCAACUGUCCUCGUCUCGGCAUCCCUGGUCAGCCAGGUUCCUUGGACUUCAAGAUGGCCCUGGGCAAAAUCACGGCACAAGACGUGCUGAUGAAGCGACAUCGGAUGGGCUUGAUCGAGUCCGAGGGCCAGAAUUGGGGCUGCAGCAACCCUGGCGAGGCGUGCCUGGGUGGUGACCCCUUCUCUGGCGACGCCUUCCACCUGAUGUGCCGCACGCCCGACUCGAUCAUGUCAACGGGCAGCAGCGGCUUCACCAACGCUUCCUGGAAGCUGCCUGAGAAGCUGCAGAUCGUCAAGCCCAUCGAGGGCAGCAUGACCCUGCACCAGUGGUCGCAGCUCGCGCGCCCCAGUCUCGGCAGUUCGCUGGACGAGCGGCCGAGGGUCAUCGCCCGUGGACAGUCGACCGCCGCCUCCUCCGACGCCCCCACCAGAUACACGCUUGACGACCUCGAGGAGGACGACUUGGACGAGAGUAUUUACCUGGGCAAGCAAUUUGAGUCGACAGGCAUGACGUACACUUUCACCAACUCCACUGUGAUGCACCCUGAGGACCUGACACAAGUCACCUCCAGUUACUCAGGGUUGAAAGUGUCAGCGGGAGAUCCGGUGCCAGAGUGCCAGACGCCUCGAAAGCCGGGCCUUCUGAGCCGUCGGAACUCGACCAGCACCUUCUCGACGUCGCUCGGCCUGGCAAAACUGCUGAACGAGCGGGGAAUCACGGCUGCCAUCGGCACGCCCACCAUCUCUGCCUGCGCCACGCCGUGCAACAGUCCUGAGAGGCCCUCCUCGCCCGUCUCUGGCCUUGGAUUUUUCGCCAGCGGCGCCGAGUACCUCCGGAAGACCCUCGAAGGCUCCUACCCCAAGAGUUACAAGAGAUCCAACAGCAAGGAGGUCGCAAACAUUCGCUUGGUGGACAAACUGGAGGAGAUCGGCUUGGAGUCAAUUUUGAAGACGUCCGAGUCCUCGACUUCGGAGAGGAAAUCAAGCCUUCCUGUUGCGAGUGUGAAGGAGCGGCGGAGGCCUGAGUCGGAGAUAGUGCAGUGCCCCAUGUAGCAGCACGAGGACUUAACUUGUGAUCAGCCGCAAUAAUUGCGGCCUGAUCACAAGUUAAGCCCUUAAACGCACAGCGGGCAGCUCAAAUUCGAUAUUUCUGUGAUUGAAUGAUGGUUGGUUGAAUAAUACAGAUAGAGGCUACCCGUUAAAGUAAUUCUUGGAAGAGAGUAUUUAGACAUCGGUGCAUCGCGAAUCAUGCGUAGUUGAAAGAGGCUUUUUGAGUCGGUGGCACCGCCUUAUGCAAGGAAAACCCGCUUACCUUUUUUGAAUUCAAUGUGUACAAUUUUAUCAUAAAAAUCGUUUCUUUUUUUCUAUUGAGCAUCGUUUCCAGUUCCAUAUAGAUCAAUACAAUUUUUAUAAUAUCCACUUUUCAACUAAUCGUGGUAGUUGUUAGUCUAUUUUUUACCUUUGACGAGACAAAUCGAUUGUUUGACUAUCUUGGUGGUUUCUCUGGCUGAUUUGUCUCAUCAAGGAGAAAUUUAUUCAUUGCGGUUAGACAAAAACUGCCCAUUUUUUUUAAAUAAAAAACACGUACUUCCCCUUAUGACGCAUUUCUAACUCGCCUUUAAAAAAAUGUUAUUGAAAGGUACGCGGAAUUUCCUUUUUAGCUUUGUACCCAGUCACCCACCUGAAGGACUUAUAAGUAAAAAUCAGAUUCACUGGGUGCCACCGCAAGUAUUUUCCAAUUUUUGCUUAUUUAUUCACGAUUCUGACGCUGUACUGCAGUAGGACAUUUGCUGGCAACUGGCCUUUUGUUAAUUGGUUUUUUCUCCUCGCGAGAAAUGAAAAACUGAGACAAAUCGAAUCUGUUAUCAGCAGAGGAAAAAAAAUUGAGGCGGUUCUCUUUAAUGAUAUAUUUUGUGCACAGAGAACUGCUCGGGACUUAGCCAAUUUCUGUAGAGGUCCACUUGUGAAGAUUGAUAAGAUUAGGCUUACAGAGAUUAUUCAAUUUUUUGGUUGUCUUACCACUUAGAUUGCGAAACAAUGAACUAUGUUAGUGAUUAUUGAUAUAAACCAUGUAUUGUUGAAGACAUAAUUAAAGAAUCAAACUCUCGA